AUGACAGAAAAAGCAAGUGCAGAUGAUUUUCAAGUUUGGGAUCAUCUCAAGAAGAAGAAGAAGAAGAAGAAGAGAAAACACAAAGAAUACGAUAAGGAACAUGAAAACGAUGAAAGAGAAAGUAUACAAAGCGCAGAGCGUGGCCGUGCUUCUCCUCUGCUGUUUGAAGAUCGAGCAGCACAGGGUGGUGAAGGCUGUAAAAAGAAAAAAAAAACAAAAAACAAGGGGGAGAAGCAACAGUCUUCCUUAGAUAAUUCUUGUGUAGGACUGGAACAUGAAAUUAGUGAUGAAAUGGGAGUGGAUGUUUCCCAAAAGAAAAAAAAGAAGCAGAAGUAUAAUGAUAGCACAGAUGAUCAAAGUGAUGUAAGUUAUGUCACAGUAAAUCAGUGUAGCACUGAUAGUUCUCAGAACAUCAAUGCUGAUUACAUUUAUUUAAAACAAUCUGUUAAGAGAAAAAGAAAAGAAAAAUUGCCUGCAGAGGAUGAGGUACAUGAGCUGCUUACCUCAGAAACACACAAUAAAAAUGAUGAUAAAAGAUCAAAAAAGAAGAAGAAGAAGAGAGGCAGUAGUACCCAAGAUAUGCAAGAAGACACAGAUGUAACCGUUGACCAGUCACUGUUGUCAUCUCUGGAGCAAAACAGGCCAGGGGAAGACACAACCUUGCCAUCACCUGCAGAAGAGGGUGGUGUGGCAACGCCCCAGCAAUGGCAUGAAGAUAGUGACUGUGAUGUUUCUCCUGCUGUGCGUGAAGAUUCUACAGAUGUACCUGCUAAUUUUUUUAAGCUGACUAAACCAGCUGAUCGAUCUCAAAAAACUCCAGUGCGUGCUAGAAAGAAAAUAAAAAGCAGUGCUUUUGUCAUGGAAGAUAGUUCUUCAGAAUCUGAUGUAAUGACAUCAGAGCCCUCGGCAUCAAAUAGAAAGAAGGACCAGAAUAGUUCCUUUACUGAAAUGGUACCAUCUGAUGAGCUUAAUCUGGAUGAUGAAGAGUGCCUGGACUCUACCAUGAGUUCAGUCGUGGAUUUGGAUACUGCAAAACAAGAGUUGGAAGAGUUUAUUCCUCAUGUGAGGAAUAUAUCAGACAGUUCCAUCAGGAAGAUGGCUGGAAGAGACCUAGUGAGGUUUAAACAGUUUAAAAAACAAGGUAUUGCUGUCAAGUUUGGUAGAUUUUCCCAGAAGGAAAAUAAUCAAAUCCGGAAAAAUGUUGAAGAGUUCUUAUUGAUUACUGGAAUAGACAGUGCUGAAAAACUCCUGUUUACCUCAAGGUAUCCGGAAGAUAAAGAAACUAUCAAUCGCCUAAAAUCGGAACAUCUUUUUUGUGAAAAACUUUCUAAGGACAUACCACGACCCUGGAGGCUGAUAUAUUAUCGAGCAAGGAAGAUGUUUGACCCAAAUAAUUAUAAAGGGAGGUAUACUAAGGAAGAAAAAGAAAAAUUAAAGAAGUAUCAUGCUCUGCAUGGCAAUGAUUGGAAGAAGAUUUCUGAGAUGAUGUCCCGUUCCAACCUCUCAGUUGCUAUGAAAUACUCUGAAAUCAAGUCAGCUAUUAAUUAUGGUCCUUGGUCGAAGGAAGAGACCCAGAAAUUAAUGCAUGCAGUGGAGGAGGUGAUUAGGAAAAGAAUGGAAACUGAAGAUGCAAAUUCUCUUUCAUCAUUGGAAAAGUCAAAUAGAGAUCUCUCGAUUGACCGUGAGAAACUGUACCAGAAAUUACCAUGGACUGAGAUUGAAGCUAAAGUAGGAACCCGAUAUUGGAGGCAAUGUAAACAGAGAUGGACUACAGUUUUAACACACAAGAUGACCAAAGGGCAGCAGUUAUAUCGGGGAACCAAAGGAUUACAGGCCAAGAUCAGCCUUAUUAAAAGGUUGUAUGAAAUGAAAGUGGAGGAUGCUAAUGAAGUAAACUGGGAAGAACUCAGUAAUGCUAUUGGAGAUGUCCCUAAAACCUAUGUUCAAGCAAAAUUUUAUAAGAUGAAAGUCUCCUGUGUCCCUUUUUGGCAAAAUAAGACUUUUUCUGAAAUCAUUGAUUAUCUUUUUGAAAAGAAACUUCCAGAACUUGAAGAAAAGUUGGAAAAAAGGAAAGGGAAUCACCUUAGUUCUGACAAUUCAGCAGCCAGGAAACAGACGGCGGUGUUCCGACUCAGUGACAUUUUUGACUCCAGUGAAGAGAGUGAUUAA